UCUAUUUCUGAAUAGCCCACCAGAGCAUUAUCUGAGCUUUGGCUCAGAAUUUUUAUAUAAUAACCUCAACCAAAUUUCCAUCUUGGUGUUGUGGUUGUUUCUCCUCUUCUUUGUUUUCUUCGUGGGAAUUCCAAACUUCCGGGAAAAUGAACAGACUCAAAAACAUCAGAGCAGAGCCAAGAGGAGAAGGAAAGGUGGGACACAGGAAGGUUCGAGAUAUUACCACAGCAAAGUGGAGGAGGAAAGGGAGCUGAUUUCUUUUCUGAAAAGCCCCCUGGGACAGAAUUAUGACAUCACCCGCUUUCGCCAACUUUUAUGUCCAGACCCCUCCUGUGAGGUGUGUAAUAAUGCAGCUGCUGAAAUUAAUCAGAUGGUGCUCUCAGAGGCCCUGGAAAAGUCUACUCCCUCUGUGGCCCCUGUGGCUUUCACAGCUCCUGUGACAGCUCCGGUGACUGAGCCAUCAUUCAAUCAGUCAUCUGCCUUCUCAACAGUCCCUGCAGGAGACCUAAUAACAACUCCUCUGCCUGAGCCUUCCCCACCACCUCCCUCUGUUCUCUCCUAUAACUCAAUGACCCCCUUGGGUGACUUUCUGUCACCUUCACCACCAGGUCAAACUCUGCCUCCAGAGCCAGUGCACCAUUCCUCACCCCAACCCAAAGACUUGUUCUCUUCGACCUUGACGCAAUAUGAUUUCCAUCAAGGGUUUCUGGCCCUCCAUUCUACAAAAACCUCUUUUGGGGCAGACCCUGCAGCCAAAUUUAUAGAUCCUAGACACCUCUUAUUUCUCAGCCCUGAUGAGCAUGACUCGGCCCAGCAGUACUUACAUCCUAAGUCCUGGGAGGACCAUUUAAAGCAAAAACUUACCCAGCUUUUCUGGGGUCUUCCAUCUCUGCACAGUGAGUCUUUAUCCUCUGCUGUCCAUGCCUCAGGUGACUAUUCAAUCUUCUUCAAUAGCAUCUCAAAUGCCUUCACAGGCCAAGAAUCCCCAGGACUUCCUUACUUACUACCUCCAUCCUUGCCUGAGGUCGAACCUCAACCCUUGCCUCAAUCCCAGCACUUACAUCUCACUCAGAUACAACCCCAGGCCCACCUUCAAUCCCCACUCCCAAUCCUACCAUCCAGUCCCAUUACCCAGAAUAAGAUCUGUGAAGUGUAUUUCCACAGACCCAAGAAUGAAUCAGAAUGUCUCACCUCAUCUGAAACUGAACACCUGGAAUGCAAUGUGUUGCAGAAGGAACAGGAAAGUUUGUGGGGUUUAACCUCUGUGGUUCAAAGUUCUAAGGCCCAUGUUGCAACCUCCUUCGAUCCUGUAGAGUUUCCUAUCAGCAGCGAAUUUCGAGAGGAAUUUGAGCAUCAUCUUAGAAAGAGGCUCAUCCAACCAUACAAGAACCAGCCCUGCAGGACCCAUGGGUCUCUGUCACUGAUGAAGCCUCUGAGCAAUUGCUCAGGCAUACCUGAGUCAAAGAGCAGUUCUGGCCUCUCCUGGGUCUCUGUGGAUAAGGACCAGAGUAGUGAAAAUCCAAAUGUUGGAUUGAGCCAACCAGGAAGCUCCUAUGAGAGGAGCUCAGAAAGGUUUCAACUAGUGGAGAAUAAAGGGAAGGAUGAGGGACACAGUCAAGAGAAUGAUCCAAAAGUUCAUCUGUUGAGUGAUUCAAAGACCUCUUCAGGUAAGGAUGUGGGAAGUGGCUCUGAGGUGAAGAGCCUGUCAAGAGAAAACUCAAUGUUUUCCGAGUAUAGUGUAACACUGGAAAAUGUCUGGAAAGUACAUUUGAAGAAAACGUUUGAGAAAAUCAGUGAGGGUAAGCUUCCUGGGACUAUGCACAGUUCACAGCCCUCUAUCAAGCAGAAUCCUGUAAAAUCCCACCCCGAAUUAGAGCAAAGAAGUUUGCCAUCAUCGGUGGGUGGGGACUACCGCCUGGACACAUCCCAGGAGCUUCCCUUGCUUGAGUGUGCUGCACAGCAGAUGCAGAAAUCCCACAUUCCCAAGUUUCAGAUGAGGAUGUCAGGCCUUCCCACCAAAGUCUUUGAAUCCAAAGAGCGCUUCAAAUCGAAAGAUACUUCAUCCCAUUCUUCGAUCAAUCCCAACUCUUCUUCCUCAACCAAACAGAUUUCCAAGGUAAACACCAAAUCUGGGGCCUUCAUGCCCCUGAGAGGAAGCUCUGGAUCUCUUCUUGGGGACAAAGUGGGAAUAGAAAGUUCAGCUGACGACCUGAAUUUUCCUCUCCCUGCCACCUCACUUGUGGGCAAGAAAGGACAUUCACCUGCUGAUAUCCAACGCACACUCUCAGAGGAAAUCCAGAAAUUUUUGAAAACCAAACUACCUGUCACAAACACCAUUAGUGACAAAAAAAGUCAGAUACAUUCUUUGAUGGCCAACAUUCAACCCCCAAAGAUGCCUGCAAGGAGAGCAGGGACCAGACAGGAGACAAAGAAUAACAGUGUGAAUUCUAAUGACAGAGCAGAAAUACAACAGGGUGCAAACAGGGAGAAAUCAGAACCUGCUUUCAUAUCUACCAUGUCCAGGGAGACAGUCAGGGCUGAGGGGCUCAAUGCUCUUCAACCCGAAACUAGUGGCGUCUUGACAACCAGCAAGCCAGGAAUCUCCCAAAGAAUAAACAGAGAAACUACUGUGACCACUGAAAACGCACCAUCUAUUUUAUCAGUUCAAGCUCCUGACUUAUCAGAACUUAAAACGCAAGUAAUGGCUGAGUUAAAGUUGAAGUUAGAGAAGAAGUAUAGUCAGGCCCAAGGCCCACCCAGGGACAUGUCCCAUGACUCAGACAGCUUGACUUACAGAGCCUCCCCGACUCCUGCUCAGGAUGUCUCCAGUGCGGAUGCAGGAGUGCCCCAGGUGCUGCAUGUCCAUUCGAAGGACAGCACAGUCAGUAUGGAGAAGCAGCAGGAACCUUGGCUUCCAAGGCAUCCAUUAAGGUCCUGCCAGGAUCAGAAUUUCCCACCAGCUGUAAAGAAAGAUAUCAUGCGCCCUCCCCCAAAGCCUACAGGCUCCAAAUCAGUAGAGCUUGGUGGAGGAGACGCACGAGUGAGAAUUUCCCAACCUGGAGGGAAGAGAUUUCCUUCUCAGGAUACAGUUUUAGAGGACAUGCAUGGGAGCAAGUCUCCCCAGACCCUAUCACAGAAGGGACAGGUGCCACCACCUCUCCCUCCCUCCUCACUUGUGGGCAAGGCAGAUAGCCAUUUCCUAAGUAAAAUGAAGAGCUUUUUUCAACGGCUUCAGCCUGGAAUAAAGUGGAAAAUGCCAGAAUCCCCCCAGGAAAAGGGCAUCCCCCUAUCAUCUGCACAGAGCAGAGGCCCAGUUAAAAGCACAGCUGCCUUUACUGGGACAGCACAUGUCAUGUCAAACAUUGGGAAGUUCUCAAAAGAGAAACUGGGGUGUCAGCAUGCAGGAGUUACCACCUGCCCUCAAGAGCCCCUUCCCUCUGCAGCGCAGUCUGGGAAACCUGUGCAGAAGGGAGCAGUGCAGGCCCAGGCAGAGCCAGGCCAGGGGAGUCCUUUCCACCGCAGAACUCCCUCCUAUGAAGUGACAAAUGCCAUGUCCGGCCGCCACGCAGCUAUCUUGGCUGGCCAGGGCUCUACCUGUAGUAGACAUACCAGAAAUGAGGACAAACACCCCGAAAACGUUGUGACAUUAAAGCCCCAGCAAAUAUGUCAGAAGCACCCUCAAUCUGUGCCCCUCAGGGGGACUGUGCCCCAUCCAAGCCCCACCUGCAGGCCUCAAGCUGCCAAGAGGCCUCCUGCUGUUCUCACCACUGCUGGAGGCACUGUGUUCAGAGAUCAGCCUCCACGAUUUAGACACACAAUGCUUCUCCAGAAUUUCCAGGGGAAAACAUUUCCCGCCCCCAAAUAAUUCCUUCCUUGUGGGGAAUAUUGACUUGCCUAAUAAAUGUUUUUAUAAUA